UGCGCUGUUCUAUCAGGCGGAGAAGCAGUUGAUAACUACGUCACAGUAAUCCCUUAUGAGAUUCCCCGUUUGGUGACGUUAGACAUGGAGGACAUGCUGGAAGAAGGGAAAUCAUACAUUAUCACCUGCACCGUACACGGAGUGGCACCUAUUCAGAACCUCAGGGUCACAAUUCUGAGAGGAAAAGAAGAGAUUUACAAUAAAACAUUUAAGGAUGACUCUCGUGUCGGCAACAUUACAGAACCAGUAACGUAUCAAAUCACAGCUGAGAGAAGUGACAACAUGGAGGACUUCUCCUGCCAGGCCACCCUUGCACUGGGCACAGUCAUUGGGAACAAAACAGUACCGUCAGCUAAUGUCACUGUUAGAACAUUUGCUCUGCCAGACAAACCAAAGCUUGAAGUUAAUCAGUGGAUUGAGAUUGGCACCGGGCAAAUGGCCACAUGUAAAGUCUCCAAUGCCUUUCCCCCUGAACACCUGAACCUGACAAUGAUCUUUAACACUAUAACCCUCAGCAUGAAUAAAACCAAGAUGGCUGAUGGCAGCGUGUUAGGAUCUGCUGGAAUUCCUCCUGACACUUUAUUAGGGACUUACCGGCUUCUUUGCAAAGCUGAGCUUGUCAGUCUGUCCUCCGAAGCCUCCACUGAUAUUCACAUUUAUGAAUUGCCAGAUAUCAGCUUCACUGUCUCGAAUGAUUCAGUCCUUUUGGGUGACUCCAUAACAGCCUCCUGCUUGUUAAAUAAUAAUAACUCCGAUCCAUACGGCGUAACCAUCAGGUUGAACGGGGAAGAAAUCUGUAAAGACCCAGCCAUGGACUGUAAUGUCCCUGUGAAUAGAAGAUCCCCCCAGUCACUUGUCUCCUGUGAAGCUUUCAUUAAAGAUAAUACAGACAUAACUGUAAGGAGAGAGAAAAGCCUCACCGUGCACUAUUCCCCACAGUUCCAGGAUGAUCAGUGCCCAGGCCACUUUGCCCUAAGAGAAGGGAAUAACGGUCCCUUUAAAUGCCAGGCUGAUGGGAACCCCCCUCCCACAGUCACAUGUAGGAGAGAUAGCUGGAACCUUCCAACUGAUCGAACAUUUGAUAUAAACAGAACACACUCCGGGCAAUAUGAGUGCCAGGCUACUAACGAGCAUGGAGUCCAAAGCAAGUCUGUAAUGGUGGAAGUGCAAUAUCCUCCAGCGACUCCUAACAUUACAGCCGUACCAACAGCCACUAUCCCUAAGGGUGGGGCACUCAAUGUAACAUGUUGGGCUGACGGUCUCCCUCAACCUGAGUAUCGUUGGGAGAUUCCUAAUGGCGCCAGUGUGGUUUACAUGAAUAAUAACAGUGUGAUCUUUAUCCCGGAAACCUCGACUUCUCAUAGCGGCACCUACACUUGUCACGCUGUAAACCAACAUGGAGGAAGCUCAGUAGCCCUGGUGAUUACAGUUACAGAUUAUACGCUUGUAAUCAUCCUUUGUGUCGUGGGGUUUUUGUUGCUUAUUAUAAUUAUAAUAGCCAUAGUAUGUUUGAUACUAUGGAAAAAAAACAGAAGAGGCUUUCACGACUUAUUUAAACCAAAACAAGAGAAAUGGCAAGAAGAGGAGAUGACUCCAAUGAAGACACAAUGUAACAACCACUGAAGGUUAUAACAAGACACUGGGACUGAAUAACUCACUUUGAUACUGGGGCGGCUAUUCCCAGACUGGAGACCAGUGCAGCCUGCCCAGUCGCUAUAUGAAUGGAUACACUCCCUGCAGGCUUAUAUUCAUUGUCAUUAUAGCACCACUCUCUGUAUGGCAGACUUCCAUCUUAAGAAAUAUCUUAAGAAAUAUCUCACAAAGUUAAGAGCUA